CUGGAGACUCCGCCCCCAGCACUAAUUUGACUCACAAAACAGGUACACGGGAUGCGGAGUUUGCAUAGAAGAAAGGAGAAGGUUAGUCAGUUUUACAGGACUGAUUACAUCUGCAACAAUGGUCGAGGCUUUCUGCGCAACAUGGAAAAUGGUGGAAAGUCGGAACUUUGAUGACUACAUGAAGGCACUAGGAGUUCCUUUUGCCACAAGACAAGUGGCCAAUGUAAUCAAACCCACAGUAAUAAUCAGCACAGAUGGGGAUAGAGUGGUGAUUAAAACUCAGAGCACCUUCAGGGUCACUGAAGUCUCAGCCAAACUGGGAGAGGAGUUUGACGAGACUACACCUGACGACCGAAAAGUAAAGUCUACCUUUACCAUGGAGGGAGACCAACUUGUGCAUACACAGAAGUGGGAUGGGAAAGAGAACAAAAUUACAAGAGAAGUCAAGAAUGGAAAGAUGGUGUUGACGGUAACCUUUCAGGGAGUCCAAGCAGUUCGCAUUUUUGAGAAGGCCUAAAGUUUAAGGAAGGAGGACAUCAUUUAUCCCAGCACAGUAAACCAUCAGCAAGAGCUUCUACUUUUUACCUGAAAUUAAAAAUAUGUAGAUUUUUCUUUCUUUCUUUUAUAUUUCAAACAAUGGUUUGCACUUGACUUCUUUUCAUUACAUAAACACAUAAUUUUGUAGUCAUGGGGAUGUAUGAUAACCUUGAGUAAGAACAGCACAGUAUCGCUGCAUUAAAAAUAAUAGACUGGAACAACAGCAGGUGGGGCGAUAUAGUGCCACACUCUGGAAAACAAAAGACUGGUCCCAGAAUUAUAAUUUCUGAUAUAUAACUUUCUAUAUCAUGAUCCUCGAGACAUUCCCUUUCCCAUUAUUUUGUGAGAUCCUCUGUAAGAUACAUGGAUAAUGAUCAAGGGCCUAAACUGUUUCUGACUCAUGUAUUAAAAGUGGAAAUGUGAAAUAAAUUGCUAAAUUAAA